AUGGUUAAUUGGGGAUCUAACAUGAAAUGUGGUAACCAUCUUCACGUGAGAUGUAUGGCUCACAUUUUGAAUUUUAUUGUGCAAGAUGGCAUGAAAGAAGUUGGUCCAUUUAUCAAACGUGUUAGGCAAAUGGUGAAAUAUGUUAGACAAUCUCCCGCAAGGAUUAGAAAAUUUGCAGAAUGUUGUGAACUAAAAAAUAUAGAUAGUAAGAAGUCAUUAUGUUUAGAUGUUUCAACCCAGUGGAAUUCGACCUACUUGAUGUUGGAUGCUGCACAACAUUUUGAGAGUGCAUUUGAUAGGUUUUAUCUUGAAGAUGGUGGAUUGUCAACUUAUCUUGCUAAUCAUGUUUGUGAAGAUGGAAGUGUUGCAGGUGUACUUGAAAGUGAUGAUUGGCAAAAGGUGAGAAAUAUGGUAAUAUUUCUUAAAAGAUUUUAUGAUCUAACUAAGAAGGCUUCAGGUUCACUCUACGUCACUUCUAAUGGUCACUUUGAAGAUAUAAUUGAUCUUCACAAUUAUUUAAGAGAGUAUCCUCGUAACAAACUUGAGAAUGUUGGCGACGCACUUGAGAAUAUGUUUGGAGAUGAAAAGGGGAGUGAAAUAAAAGAUGAAAUGGUGACUUACAUGAAAUCUAUGUUUGAAGAGUAUGUAGCAAAAUUCUCUAAUGCAUCUCGAUGCUCAUCUUCUCUUUCUGAUUUAUCGGGUCAGACAUCGAAUACAUAUAUCUCUAACAAUAGCACAAAAUCAUCAAAUGUUAGAAAUAGAAUUCAAAUGAAGAGGAACAAACAAGAUAGUACAGGUUUGGGUGGUAAGUUGGAGUUGAAAAAGUAUCUUAGUGAAGAACUAGAGCCAAAUGAUGAUGACGAUAAUUUUGAUAUCUUGUCGUGGUGGAAAGCUCAUUCUCCUAGAUAUAAAAUUCUUUCCAAGAUGGAGUUUUUUGACUCCGAAAUUGGUGCAAGCUGUUAUUUGUCUUCAAGAUUGGCGUCGUAA